AUUCGACAUUCUGCUGGAAUAUGAGUAAUUUCAACAAAGAAGAUUUUUCCGAUUCCAAACUAGGUGGUUAUAAUUUUAUUUUAAGUAAAUUCAAUGGAGUGAAAUUGAACGACAACCCUCCUGAGCCUCAACCAGUUGUUAAAUUGAAGAAAAAAGAAGUUCCUCAGAUACCAAAGAAAAGUUUGCUCCAGAGGAUAAGAUUAAAUAGAAGUGUAGAUUGUUCUGGUAUAAUACGUACAACUGAAGUAGGUACUGAAAGAGCACCGCGUCAAGUAUUCCAACAUCAAGAAGAGAAAAGAACGCUGCUAAAAUAUGGAACUAGAAAGGCUCAUAGUGUAGAAGUUCAUAGUCGUAAGGAAAGUGAUGAUGAUACUGGCUCCAGUGCUAGUGAAUCUUCUUAUAGUCCCUUCAAGAAGUUGGCGACUUAUCACGAAAUAGCCGAAGUGUGUGAUUAUAGAAAAGGGGUAAUUGUUCAACGAAGAACUGAGAGAUUAGACAGCGAUGGACGACUUCGCCAGAUUCUUGGUCAAUCAAAACCGGGAGAAACUACCUUAUUAAUUAUUCCUGUAAAGUGUGAGACCGACCUAUUCGAUGCCUCAGAUAUAAUUGUCAAAAAAGAAGAAUCUCAUAGAUCACUCUCAAUAGAUUUGCACCUUUCGCCUGACUUCCUUCAAGAGAAGGUAAUGGUUAGAUGUGUUUCGGGUGGAAAGAGAAUAACUGUAACUGCCUUCAAACAAGAACCUUUAGGUGAUGGUUCCAAAUAUGUUAGACGUUACAGUCAAUACUACGAACUACCUCAUGCAAUCAAUUAUGAUUUGAAAGUCAAUUUAAAAGAUAACGGCGAUUUGAAUGUUCAAGGGCAACUUAAGGGACUAGAUAGAGCACAUACCAGUUAA